UAUUGCAUUGGAAUUUCAAAACCUUUCUUAAAUGGAAAAAAUAAAAAAAUAUAAAUAAUAAAAGAAAAAUUAUACAGAGACUAACUAGCGCAUCAUAUCAAAGAUUGCUCAGGAAAUAUGGGGGACAUCUUAUGAAGAGUGCAUAUCCGUAUUAAGUUUGGGAUUACAAAUCUAGCCUCGCCUGAUUAAAAUUUUGAUUCUUGAGAGCCGUAACCAAUAUAGAAUAGCGCCAAAAAAUAAAUUGAUGAUAACAAGGCAUCAAUAAUAGGAGAAAUUACAGCAACAAUUAUUAUUAUUAAGUCGCCGAAGCGGCGAGAGAACACGAAAUUGAAAUAUAAUCAAGAUGCCACAAAAGUCGACAACUAUGAAGAUAUGGACUAAAAGUAGAAAACGCACAUUAGUCAGUGCGUUGGGCUUUUUACUAAGUAUUUUUGCUAUCUUGUGUGCCAUGUUUUGGGAGAGAAUAUUCGAUAGUAUUAUGGCAAAGGAAAUGGUUUUACGACCAAAUUCUCAGGUCUUUCAAAAAUGGAAAAACCCACCGUUGUCGUUAAAUUUGGAUAUAUAUUUAUUCAAUUGGACUAAUCCGGCAGAUUUUAGAAAUCUUACUACUAAACCAAUACUCGAACAAUGCGGACCGUAUCGUUUUGUUGAAAAACCAGAUAAAGUGGAUAUUAGAUGGCACCCCGAGAAUAGUUCCUUAACAUAUCGCAGGAAAAGUUUUUUCUAUUUUGACGUUAACGGCAGUAACGGAAGUUUAAGCGAUGAGAUUAUAACUGUAAAUCCCGUGGCUUUGUCAGCCGCUGGUAAAGGUAAACAAUGGGAUCCUGUACGUCGAAAAAUGGUUGAUGUCGGCUUAAAUUUAUAUCAGCAGAAAAUGUCUGUGAAGAGGACGGUGGAUGAACUUUUAUUUACCGGUUAUAGCGAUGAUAUGCUUGAUAUGGCUCGAGCUAUGCCCCUUUUCGGCAAAGACGUGGAAGUGCCUUUCGAUAGGUUUGGCUGGUUUUAUACGCGUAAUGGUAGUGCCGAUCUGACAGGAGUUUUUAAUGUUUAUACCGGUCAGCAAGAUAUCAAGAAAUUGGGUCAAAUGUUCUCUUGGAAUUAUAAAAGACAUUUGGGAUUUUUCGAAUCUUAUUGCGGCUUUGCAAAUGGUUCUGCAGGGGAAUUUCAACCACCGAACCUGACACCGAAGAGCAUAGUGAAACUUUUUACCCCCGAUAUGUGUCGUACAAUACCUUUGGAUUAUAAAGAGACUCAAAUUGUUGAAGGAAUCAAAGGUUAUAAAUAUGCCGGGGGUCAACGAUCCGUAGAUAAUGGCUCUUUGUAUCCGGAGAACAAAUGUUUUUGUGGCGGUAAUUGCGUGCUAUCCGGUGUUAUGAAUAUAUCUUCUUGUCGUUUUGGUUCGCCAGUAUUUAUGUCUUAUCCUCAUUUCUAUCAAGCGGAUGAUUUCUAUUUAAAUCAAGUAGAAGGCUUACAACCUCAAGCUGACAAACAUGAGUUCUAUAUGGUUUUGGAGCCGAAGACAGGUAUAUCCUUAGAAGUGGCAGCCCGCUUUCAAGUGAAUAUGCUAGUCGAACCAAUUCGUGGUAUUAGCCUUUACGAGAAUAUACCUCGCAUAUUCUUUCCUAUGAUCUGGUUCGAACAAAAAGUGCGCAUUACGCCAGAUUUGGCGAAAAAUUUGAAAACUCUGCCUUAUGUACUUUUAGGCGGUCAAAUAAUUGCCGGCUUUUUAUUCUUAAUCGGUCUGAUUCUCUUGUGCUGGUACCCGAUUAAAUAUGUUUGGUCCACGCAUAAAAUUCAAGAAAUUAAAGUGUACCCAGCAGAAAACGGCAAAGCCAUCAAUAGCAAGCAAAGUGAAUUAAAAAUUUUGGAGACAGAGAAAAAAACACCAGACAGUUCACCCUUGUUGGAGAAAAAUUCGCAAUUAAAGCCCGCAAUUACACCAAAAUCGCCUAAACGUGACACAGACGCCAAUGAUGUUAGUCAUAAAUAAUUCGAAUAUUUACGGAUUAAAAGCCGUCCUCAAGCAAAGAAAGAAAGAAACAAGAAGACAACCGUAGAGCAUAAAGAAAACAAAACGUAAUAAAUGUCUUUUUUUACUUUUAGAAAUAUUGAAAUAUUGAAAUAUUUAGGUUUUUAAGUUUUUAAGUUUUUAUAAAGGAUUUUGUACACAUUUUCGCAUGUAAAGCAUUCAUCUAAAAUUUUGCAUACGUAUAUACAUCCAUGCAUACCCACAUCCACACAAAGAUAUAUAUAUAUAUGUGUUUUUGAGACUUGAUCCAUCAAUUAAUUUUCAUACGUAAUUAGAAUAUUUGAUCAUUUGAACGUCAAAAAUGCUGAACCUAACUAAUUAAACACUUUUGACGUUCAAAUCAAAGCGUAAUUGUUUAUUAAAUACCAGCGCACGUCGUUGAUCAAUUGAGAUCAAUCAGUAUUUAAUAUGAAUCUCUUAUCAUUAAAACACAUGAUCGCCUUUUUCCUUUAGAAGAGAAAACAAACAAACAAAACAAAAAAAAAA